AGCACCUCACCAUAACCACUCAAAGAAUCGGGAUUGGCAAUGUGAAGUGCUUCCUAAAAUUUCUCCAAGAAGCAGAAUUGCCAGAAGUGAAAGCCUCCCGCAAGUCGUUGCAGGGGUCUUUAUUCAGAUUGCAGUCCCAGAUGAAAAAAAGCCGGCGGGAUUUCCUUGCCCAUAGGCAAGAUGUGCGCAUUAGAAAAUCCAAGAUGCUUGUUAAUGCCACCCAUAUCGCCAAGUUCAUCAAGAAGGCCAGCGAGGAGAUUCCAGCAGCACUUGUCACAUUGGAAAGAAAUCCAACAGUUCAAAAUCUUGAGAUGUUCUACGGCCUUCUCUCUGGGUACAUCAUCUGUACAACGGGACACAGGAGAGGUGUGGUCACCAAUAUGACUGUCAGGGAGGUUCUCACCGCUGAAUCAGCAUCAGAUGGAAGGAGAAUAAUACGAGUCAAAGAGCACAAGACUAAGGAGGUGUUUGGGUAUGCCCUUGUUCCACUGAACAACCAUGAGUACAUGUGGUUCUAUCGAUUUGUGUACCAUCGGCGGAAAUACCCAUGUGGAAACACAGAGCUGGUCUUUGCCAACACCAACGGUGGCUCAUUCCGAGACGCGCUGGUGUGCUUCCAGAAAGCAUGGCAGAAAUUUGACCUUCCUGGAAAGCCGACGUUCAUGCUCAUCAGAAGCAGCAUCAGCACUUUGAUUGGCAGUUCCUUGGGAACCCAAGAAAAAACACAAGUACACCGCAUGAUGUGUCAUUCAGACUCAACAGCUGAGAAGUUUUACGAGGCGGAUUUAACCUUAGAUCAAGCUUUUAAGUGUCGUUCUGACACAGCAAACGCACUUGCACAGAAGCUGAAGAGUGUCAGUCAUCUUGAAGUAUCUAUGACUGAGGAGGAACAGUCUGAAAGUUCAGAGGACGAAGAUAAAAUACAAACGAGAGGAAACACAAAAGAAGGAGAAUCUUUACUUUGGAAGAUGCAAGUUCAGAAGAUGAAGUCCCACAGCAGAAGAGGAGUAGGAUGGAAAAGAGUCCAGAAACGCAAAAAUCUAAAACACAGAUAGUAAGUGACACAGACAGUGACAAGAACAUGACUGACUUGACAAAAGAACACAAAGACACAGAUGAAAACAUUACACAGAUGGAGACUGCAGACAUUCAAGGAAAGGGGCCGACGACUUCAAAGCGAAAACAGACCACACCAAAGAAAUUUUCAAAAACUCUUAAAAAAGCUCAAGAAGACCUGUGUAGAUCCUGGGGCACACCGAGGGUAAAUCUCCGACGAUACAAACGAUAAGAGGACAUGAGAAAACACACCAAGCCCCAGAACAAAAUGACUUGCAGACUGACAGAUGGAGACGAAGGAGAAAGACAAGAGAAGGACACAACUGCAGGCGACAUAGACAGAAGGACCGAAACCGAGACAGACGAAGGAGAAAGACAAGAGAAGGACACAACUGCAGGCGACAUAGACAGUAGGACUGAGACAGACGAAGGAGAGAGACGAGAGAAGGACACAACUGCAGGCGACAUAGACAGAAGGACCGAAACCGAGACAGACGAAGGAGAGAGACGAGAGAAGGACACAACUGCAGUCGACAUAGACAGAAGGACCGAAACCGAGACAGACGAAGGAGAGAGACGAGAGAAGGACACAACUGCAGGCGACAUAGACAGAAGGACCGAAACCGAGACAGACGAAGGAGAAAGACGAGAGGACACAACUGCAGGCGACAUAGACAGAAGGACCGAAGCCCAAAGUUGCUCUGUAGAAGAAGACCAAAAGGAUGGAAACUGCAGACUCAUGAAAAAAAAAAGAAUUGAUACAAUAAUGGCUCUCAAUUUUCUUUUAGGAGUUUUGAAAUAAUCGUCCUCAAUUUUCUUUUGUAUUGAAUAACAAUUUUUAA